GCUGACGUCAUCACCAUGCGCCAGCACCACGAUAAGACCCGUUGAAGGAAUAACGCGGGCCAGAUUUGACAUUUGAAAAACAACAUAAAAGGAUUGUGAAGUGAAUGUCCAGCGAAUAAAAAUAUGAACUUACAUAUCGGAAGCAUUUCAGACAUAUAGCUGCACGUUUCCUUUAGGUUCUUGGUCCUCUUGAAUUCACCAUGAAGAGAAGAACAGAAGCGUCAGAUGAGCCUCCAAAGAAGAGGAAGAGUCUUCGUGACGACACUUCAGAUGAAGAUGAGGAGUCUUCUCAGAGAACCACCAGUCAGGACUCCAGCCAGAGUGAGUCUCACAGUGAUGUUGAAGAUCACAAACCCAGUUUCUCCAGACCAUCUGAUUCCCAGAAUGCCCAGAGCAGCGAUGCCCCUGAUCAGAGCUCUUCCGAAUUUUCCAUGUACAACAGCGUCUCUCAGAAACUCAUGGCUAAAAUGGGUUUCAGAGUAGGCGAGGGUUUGGGAAAGUACGGUCAAGGGCGGAAAGAAAUCGUAGAGACGUCGACCCAGCGAGGGAGGCGAGGUUUGGGUCUAACUCUGAAGGGCUUCCAGGGCGAUCUCAACGUAGACUGGCAAGAUGAACCGGAGCCUAGUGCUAUAGAGCAGGUGACAUGGUUUCCAGAAUGUUCUACAGAGAUCCCAGACGCGGAUGAGCUGAGAGACUGGAUGGCUGUGGGACAGAAAAAGCUCAAGAUUGAAGAUGAAACUGAAUUUUGCUCUGAGGAUUUACUGCACCUGCUGCUUCGUUGUAAGUCUGUGUUCGAUGACUUGGAGGGUGAGGAGAUGAGGCGGGCUCGCACGCGAUCCAACGCUUAUGAGACUAUACGAGGGGCUUUCUUUCUUAACAGAGCUGCUAUGAAGAUGGCAAACAUGGAUCAUGUUUUUGACUAUAUGUUCACUAACCCAAAGGACUCUCAGGGCAAGCCCCAGACGCGAGAUAAGGAAGGAGAAUUGUUGUAUUUUGGAGAUGUGUGCGCGGGCCCGGGCGGAUUCUCAGAGUACGUCCUGUGGCGGAGACGCUGGCACGCCAAAGGUUUUGGGAUGACCCUUAAAGGAGCCAACGAUUUCAAACUGGAGGAUUUCUUUGCUGCUCCCAGUGAGCUCUUUGAGCCCUACUACGGUGAGGGUGGGAUCGAUGGCGAUGGUGACAUCACACUGCCAGCCAACAUCAGUGCAUUCCGUAACUUUGUCCUAGAUAGCACUGAGGGGCGGGGCCUGCACUUCCUAAUGGCUGAUGGGGGUUUUUCUGUGGAGGGUCAGGAGAACAUUCAAGAGAUUCUGAGUAAACAACUUCUGCUAUGCCAGUUACUCGUGGCUAUGUCUGUUGUCAGACCAGGUGGACAUUUUGUGUGUAAAACGUUCGACGUGUUCACCUCCUUCAGCGUGGGCUUGAUCUAUCUGCUGUACCUUUGCUUCGACAGGAUCUCGCUCUUUAAACCCGUCACCAGCCGACCUGCCAAUUCAGAGAGAUAUGUGGUGUGCAAGGGUUUGAAGCCAGGCACAGAUGCCGUGAGAGACUAUAUGUUCACCAUCAACCUGAAGUUGAAUCAGUUGAGGAAUUCAGACAGAGAUGUCACUGAAGCGGUCCCUCUGGAGAUCAUUAAAGGAGACACGGAUUUCUUCCAGUGCAUGAUCAACUCCAACGAAAGCCAUUGUGCGGUACAGAUCAAAGCGUUGGCUAAGAUCCACACGUACGUCAGAGAAACGAGUCUUUUUGAAGCCAGGCAAGCAGAUAUCCGGAAGGAAUGUCUGAAACUGUGGGGGAUUCCUGAUAAAGCGAGGGUCACUCCAUCAUCAUCAGAUCCAAAAUCAAAGUUCCAUGAGCUUGUGAAGUCGCAGGGGUCAGAAAUGGAUAGUUUUAAUACCAGACCAACUGCGCUGAACUCAGGAAAUCUGGAUAAACUACAGCACGUCCUAGACUACAGGUGCAUUGUGGGAGGGGGAGAACAGGUCUUUCUCUUGGGACUUGGGAAAUCUCAGAUCUAUACUUGGGACGGUAAAGCGCCGUUACGCUGGAAAAAGCUGGAGAACUUCAAACUGGAGCUGCCCAGAGACACAUUACUGAGCGUAGAGAUUGUUCAGGAGCUGAAAGGAGAGGGAAAGGCUCAGCGAAGGAUCAACGCUGUCCAUAUUCUGGAUGCUCUUGUUCUCAACGGUACUGACGUCAGAGAUCAGCACUUUAACCAGAGAAUCCAAAUGGCAGAGAAGUUUGUGAAAGCUGUGUCCAAACCCAGCAGACCUGACAUGAACCCGAUCAGAGUGAAGGAGGUGUAUAGGUUAGAGGAGAUGGAGAAGAUUUUUGUAAGGUUGGAAAUGAAGAUAACUAAGAGUUCAGGUGGGAUGCCAAGACUGUCAUACACGGGCAGAGAUGACCGUCACUUCCUCCCUAGCGGUCUUUACAUUAUCAAAACUGUCAAUGACCCAUGGACAAUGGCCUUCAGUAAGAAUUCUAAAAGGAAGUUUUUCUACAAUAAACAAACUAAAGAAUCAACUUACGACCUGCCGCCCAGUUCUGUCGCCCCUUUCCAUGCAUGUCAUCAGGACAGGCUGUUUUGGGCUUGGGAGGAAGGCGUCAGGGUUCACGACUCACAGACACGGGUCAACCCUGACAAACUUUCUAAAGAAGACGUGCUCUCCUUCAUCCACCAGCACUGUCAGCAAUAGGAACAUGUACAAGUCAUACUCGAGGGCAUUGGGUAGACUGUACAUUCUCACCACCAGGGGGCACUGUAGCUUCUGUAAGAGUCAGCCGAGACUCUUCAAAACAUUCAAACUCUUUUCCUUCACACUUCAAGGCUCUCGUUAAAAAUAUCCCCCUUGAGGUAGACAACGGGGCGUCUCGGUGCCCAUUGGUGUGUAUCCGUGUGUCCGUUAUCUUCACAGGAUAAACCCGUUUGACAUCGUUUUUCCCCUCGUCCCUGUUUUCUCUCCAGAGCUUAAAACUUUUGCUUCCUUACAAGUGACACAAGUAAAAAAUAUAAGGUAUAUUAUAACCUGAAACCUUACUGAAUACUUCACAAAUGACAGAUGUGUAACCAUAGAUCCCCCAUCAUCAGUGCAAACCAGAAAUACAACCACAUUAAACAGCAUGACCGCUAGGAUUUGGUUUCUGUGCAUGUGUUGGACUGUUGCCUCGGGUCCUUUUGGUUUCUAUGUUUUUCAGUUUCUAAAAAUAUUAGAGUGUCUCCUACUUUGAACUUCUGAUGACUUCGGAAAAGCAUUUCAAAGCCUGUUUAUGAUAACAUUAAACUACUGAAGAAGUUUAUUCCUUAA